UUAAGUGCCAGUGACUUGAGACCCAGAAGGAACCUCUACGUUCUAAGAAAGGUUCACAUUUGAUCCUAUUUGUAGACUGCUGUGAAGAGUGUACAAUGACCGCAUUGCCGCUCAAAAAUGUUCUCAUCACAGGAUGCUCCUCUGGAAUAGGAUUAGCCAUCGCUGUAAAGCUAGCCAAAGAUGAGCAAAGGAGAUUCAAAGUUUAUGCCACCAUGAGAAAUCUCUCAAAACAGGAUAAUCUAGUUGCAGCGGCUGAAGGAUGCAUGGGGAAAACUAUGGAGAUAAAACAGCUUGAUGUAUGCUGUGAAGAGUCUAUUAAGAACUGUGUUAGCAGCAUUCCAGACAGAAAAGUUGACAUUCUAGUAAGCAAUGCUGGAAUGGGGCUCAUAGGCCCAAUCGAAUGCCAGACUGUAGACCAAAUGAAAACCGUGAUGGAUACAAAUUUCUUUGGUUUAGUCCGUCUCUUGAAAGAGAUAUUGCCAGAUAUGAAGAAAAGAAAGAGUGGACAUAUAGUGAUUAUUAGCAGUGUUAUGGGAAUACAAGGUAUAUUGUUUAACGAUGUAUAUGCUGCCUCAAAGUUUGCUGUUGAAGGCUUUUGUGAAAGUCUAGCGAUCCAAGCCCUGAAAUUCAAAUUGCAAUUGAGUCUGAUUGAGCCUGGGCCUGUUGUCACAGAGUUUGAAAGGAAGGUUUACGAAGAUGGAUUGACAAUGGACCUUUCAGCUGCCGAUAAGGAAACCGCUGAGAUGUUCACCAAUGUGUACCUUAAAAACUACAAGUCUAUCUUCCAAAGUCUGGGUCAGACAGCUGAAGACGUUGCAGAGCACACUAUGAAGAUCAUUUUGGCAGAAAAUCCUCCUUUUCGGCACCAAACGAACACCCUGUACACGCCUAUGACAACACUAAAAUAUGCUGAUCCCAAUGGUGAUCUGCCUAUCGACACCUUCUAUAAAAUGGUUUUCCAACAUGAUAAAGUUUUUAAUGCAAGCCUUAAUUUUAUAAAACUCUUGAGAUGGAGAAGCACAAAGAGUUUUGACCUAGGCAAACCGUAGUCUUAAAAAUGGUGGGCACCAUGCAAAUACUAUACCUUGAUCACUUUCUAUGCAAAAUGUAUUAAUGUAUUUUGUGAUUAAUUAUCUCCAUAUUGCUCCAAGGGUAGCUCAUUGUACUUUAAACCCAUUAAGGAAGAUCAUUUUUAUCUGAUAUGGUGUUGAAAGAUGUUGAGAAGUGUUAUCGAAGUGUGUAGCAGAAACACACUUAAUUAAUUAUAUGAUAUAGACACCAGGUUUUUUCCAAUUUUGUCCUAGAUGUCUAUUAUUUAGUCCUCCGAUAAUUGUUUAGUUUUUUUCAAUUUUUUUCCAUUAAGGACCAUAUUUAUAACACCUUAAAGAUGAUGCCAAUCGGGUCCCUAAAAACCCUGUAUUAGUAUGGUAGCCCUGCUUAUUUUGGCUUUGUAAUUCUACAUAGCCAUGCAUUCAUUAAAUAAGUGGGAGAUUUAGUUUUCAUAAAAGCUAGCUUGUUGUGAUGUAUUAUUACAUAAUUGGUCCUUAAGGGGUUAAGCAAUAGAUUCUUUGUAGACGAAUUAGUAAAGGCUCGCAGUUCUGAUAUUGCUAUUAGUUAAUUUGUAGAUAUAGACAGACUUUUAGAAGCUGUAUUUAAGAAAUGUAUAAUGUGUUAUGCGUAUCGGAGUUUGUAUGUUGCAAUGUAUAUUGAAAUAUUUGUUGGCUUAUCUCUGUAAUUUUAUUUUAUCUGAUGUAUUUGAUAAAUAUUGCAGUAAAUAAAAAAAAGUGAAAGUGCUUAAGAAAUAGUAAUAAU